AUGUUUUCUACACUUGAGUUUGCUUUAUUUAACUCUAAAAUUCAGAAAAUAUAUCUAAAGGAUGAUGAAGAAAAGAAGAAAACAGAAAUAGGUACAAGAAGUACUUGCACAAAAAAACAUAAAUUACCAGAAAAUAAACAAGAAUUACCACCACCAUCUUCUGAUUUUAAACCAUUCAUUUACCAAAAACCACUGCAUCGAGUAUCUGUUUAG